ACAUUAGAUUUUUAACCGGGCAAACGUUGUCCGCGAAGUCGCUUACAUAGAUUCAAUUGGCUUCUAUUCAAGGCUCAUGCUAAAAAUGCGUGCAUUUUUAGCGAAAUGGUGUAGGCACGUGGUCAAAAUGUCGAACGUGACUGGUUCCGAUAAUAGUUACCUAUUUAUAACUGUUGCUGGUUUACUGGCUAUAGAUCUAUAGUAGGUUCACUAUUUAUUAUACAUGAUAUAACGACUGUGGCAAUUGUUCGGCUAUGUCUGCGACUGCGCAAUAACAAUACAGAGUUAUCUAUGACGGACGGAUUUCUUAAGUGUGAGAUGUUGUGUGAGUUUUUUAGGGGGUUGUUGCAAUGUAAAGUCACAGUAGUAUGUGUGUAUACUGAUGCAGCCAUACAGUGGUGACCAGGAGUUGUUAAAGCAAAGUCGCAAAAUCGACGAUAAUAUCAUUUAUGCUCUGAACACAACGGUUCCGACGCAGUCAUUUUCCAAUAAAAAUGAUGCUCAUGAAACCUGCAAGGAUUUGUACAGACAGUUGGACGAUCUGUAUUCAUCGAGGCAAGCAUCGAUUCAGAAAUGUGUCCAGUACAGCGAGGAUCACUUAGCAUCCCUGAAAGCAGCAAAAGAAAAAAAUCCAGACAAUAUAGAUGUUCUCAAAGAACUAAAAAAGGAGCAGACAAAGCACCGUCUCUUUCAAGCUGAGUUGGGCGUCGAGGAAGUAAUCAAAACGCGGACAAAGAAAGUGUUCCACGAGCGAUGUCGUUUUUUCUACACGCCUGUGUAGGAUGUCAGCUACUUGAGCCUAUAUAUUCACUCCUUAUAGGAUCUGUAGUAAUUAAGAAAGUGCAAGCGCGUAUCAUUAUCGCAUAUCAUUUUAUAAAUGAAAUACACUUUUAUACGGAUCAAUUUAUAUUAUCA